GAAUUCUUUCCGAGUCAUGCGAAGAAUUGUGGGAAGGAAAUCUUUGGGCGGAAUCACCUCUCUUUGGCCAAUCUCAUAUAACAACUUCACGAGGAUCUUUUAAAUGCGGUGACUUCAUUCAAUAUCAUUCUUCUGACAGUUUAAAACAUGGUCGAAUUCAGUCAUUCGUUGUUAAAGACAACACAAUGAAAGUUCGAAUACAAAGAUUAAUUCCUUAUAGUAAAAUUCCUCAAAAUUUAUAUUCUUUAGAACGUGCAUUUCAAGCUCAAAAAGAAUGGUUCUUAGUAGAAGAAAUGAAUGACCAUAUUAUAGAACUUUCUUCUUUAUUACAGAAAAUUGUA